AUGCUCUGCAAAACUGGGGCUGGCAAGUUACCAGUGGAAUUAUUCCAAGAGGUAACAAAAGAUAUGCCCCAGCCAAUAUCUCGGGAGGAAGCCGAAAAUUAUAAGGAAGAGUUAAUGCAGGAGCGCGUGAAAUUUCGUGAGAAUAGUCCUGCCGUAACCGGAAUGACGGCCCAAAGAUUUCGCUACAUCAUGGAUGUCCAAAAAAUGACAGACGAAGACCUUAUCAAAACUAUCAGCCGAGAGGAUCUAGUCUAA